GCCAUCGCACGUCGGACAACGGACAGUAGUUGAGGAGUGCGCUUACUAUUGUAGUAGUUCGUGUCAGAAUGUCGGAAAGGUCACGCGUUAACAAUUCAGGACCGUUGAAGAAGCCUGCUGAAAGAGGUUAUCCAGCUUCGUCUGGUUCUGUGUGGAGUUCCAAUACACCUAGUGAACGGGGUGAUAUUCCGUCGUCUUCGGAAGGCGAAAUUGCCUCGGAAGCUGCUCGCCAGAAAAAGAGCCAUCCAGUCCAAAAAGCUGUGUAUGAUAUAUCUACGGGUAUUUCGAAACUAAACAUACAGAAGACACUCAGAAUACCGAAUAGACCAGACCAAGGAGGUACAAUCGGCAAGAAAGUCAAAGUCACUUCAAACUGUUGGGAUUUGACAUUUCAUCACAGAACGGUAUAUUUGUAUUUUGUGGAGGCCAACUCAGUUCAUCGAUUGGAAGCUAAGGAGGGCAGUAAAACUGAGAUAAGAAUGCCACCUAAAGAGUUGAGAUCUUUAAUUCAGCAGGUAGCUGACUCUUUACCAGAUACGACCAUAUACGAUGGCGGUCACGCCAUAUACUCUGAAGAUCCGUUACCUGGUGUCACAACGGACCCCGUAGAAAGAGAGAUUGAGAUCAAGGAGCCGUUUGGUCGGGACCGCCUUCUUCUGAAGUACCGGAUUAUGGAAGUGCAGAAGGUAUCUACUUCCGAUAUCAGCCAUUUCAUAACGAAUCCGAAAGCGACCUCUAUGAAUAUGCCCCAAGAAUGUAUCAGAUUGUUAGACUGCAUCUUGAAGACGGUGUCAAAGCAGUCGUUUGUAUCCCUUGGACGCUCAGCCCUAUUUCAGCAAACACCAAUUAAAGUGGUUAUGGAUAAGCUUUUCACUAUUCAUAAGGGUUUCAUCAGUAGCGUGCGACCCCAAUGGAAAAUUCGUGUCAACUUGGAUAUGACGUGCAAGGCCUACUUUGUAUCCGGGAAUCUAGCGGACGUCAUGUACUCGAAGUAUGGAGACGAUAUGGUUAGAUGUAGCACUCAAAUGGCAUACGACUUGAGAAAGAUACGAGUUGAGACUGAUAAAUUCUACAAGAGCGAUGAUGGACGUGCAUAUUCCCGACGCUUCACCGUGCACGGAAUAUCAUCACUACCAGCCGACCGUUUGAUGAUUGAGGAGUUGAACCAGUCCGUGGCUGAAUAUUUCAAGCGGCACCAUCAUAUCACUCUGAAGUAUCCAGAGCUGCCCUGUGUGAAGGUUGAUCAAAAGCGUGAAGUGUAUAUGCCUAUGGAACUGUUAAACAUUUUGCCCUAUCAAGCUCCUAAUGCGAGUAAAGCCGAUAUUGCGAGUGAAGUUAUCCGUUGUGCAGCAAUUCGACCACAGGAGCGCUUCAGAGAGCUGGAGAAUUUUGCCAAUAAUAUGCUGAAGUAAGAGUUUCAUUUAUGAGUUGAUACCACCGGUCAGUACUAAAGUGUAGUGUUGCUUAUUGAUCCAAGAGUUGAGGGUAAGCAUGUUGAGAUAGACGAGCUUUCGAUGAUUGAUUUCUUCGGCAUUCCAUGAAGCUUGUAGCUCGACACUCAUUGUUGUAGCGCAUUAAAAGGAUGGUGAGAAAGUAGAAUAAGUAGUAGGUUACAAUACCGACCCUGGAUACUUGUGGAGAUUUCCGAAUUAUCACACUUAGCUUCUAUAGAUUCAUUGGUGAUGUCAAUGGAAGAGUCCUCUAGAAUGGGCGGAGUAAUGCUACUUUAAAUUGUAGCCGAUAAGCUAUGGAUCUGUAGGUCCUUCCAACUACAAGCCAACUCAGUUUUCCCAUGAUUGGAAGUUCUAGUCUUCAUUGUAUUCCUGUAAAGAGACAAGUUGAAUGUGAGAACGGAAGCACACUAUUAGACGAAUGAUUGGUUAUAGUUGUAUUUCAUUGGUUGUUUACGCACAGCGAUAGGCUUUUGAUUUCUAGCAAAAUUGCUACUAGCUAUUGGAAUUGAAAUACAAUUACACUUGAUUGAUGUAUUCCACAAUGCGUAAACUUCUCACAUAUAUUAUUAGAUGAGCGCUUUGUGAACGUUUUGAUGACAGAAAUCUGCUGUCCGUUGUGUCAGCCGUAAUUUUGAAAUUUGAAUAAACGUGAGGUAAACGCCACAGUCCUUCUCGGUCCCACCCACUGAUCAAACAAUUUGGUUUGGCGAUUCAACCGAGGCCAGUGGAAGUUAACGCACGUGUUAUCCAGCCGCCAACUGCUGGCUUUGGUCGUUCCGGUGUACAACAGCUGACGGCAGGUAGUUGGAGCACGCCUAGCUUUCUUCACCCUGCCGGCGAAGGAGUAGAAAUAAUGUGGGCUGUACUUAGCAUUCCGCCUAAUCAGGUAUGUUUUCUACUCCAGUUCAACGUAAGAUUAGUGCUGUAACAAAGUUGAGUUGUACAAUCACUUGGGCACCAAAUUGACAUUGUAGACUUGAUCAUUUGUCGAUUGUAUCAACAUCGAAGGGUAGCUCGCCUAGUUCCAUGACAGCCCACCUACUUUAUUGUUCACUGCAUUACGUCGGUGGCAAUAUCAUCAUCUUUUAUUUGUCAGUGUUUAAUGCUCUGUAUACAAAGAGGAGGUUUUGUCUGCCUUUUAAUAAAGUGAAGGAAAUGUUGUCAGAUGGGUAGAGUAGCCUGAGAAGUGUGCACUUAAUUCUGGUUUGUUGUCAAAAGGCAUGUGUUAUUGUUGAAAACAGUUAGUCGCUUUUAUAAAUUUAGAUAGUGUUUUUAGAAGACGGAGAUUAUCUGAAAAGUGAGACGUAUUUGCGCGAUACAUUUGGAAGAACUUCUCAUGUUAUUGUUAUUGUCAAAUGUAAACGCGAGAACUGACUGCUUCAUCUCCUUGCCAUGUUUUCUUCCUAGCGGUCUCAUGGUCAUGUACAGAAGGUGAUAUCGGAAUUGCCUAGAGCGGCCAGUCGCUUUGGUGUUCGGUUUAGCCCUCGACCGAUUGUGGCACAGUGUCCGAGAGGAGAACUAAACAGGAGGUUCGAGGAGUUUUCCAGACAAGGCUGUGGCUUCUUACU